AUGUCAAAGGUUUGGGUCGAUACGUACACUAGCACCAAACAAAAUUGCAUUGAUUAUAGGAGCAAAAUUUUCGAAGAACUUGAACAAUUAAUAACAUUUUCUGAUUCUCCAUCAUCCCAACCAGAACUCAAUUACCAUGAUGUUGGGCUCAAUUCCUCUGAAAUUGAUGAGUAUUGGCUUUCGAAAGAACCAGCACAACUUGAUGCUUCUUUUAUACAACAAGUUGCUCAUGAAGCUGAUUCGCAAUCGAAUGUUCAUAUUGAUAGAUCUGGAAUUAGUCAAUCAAAGAAAAAAGUUGCAAAAGAGAGGAUAGAAAAAACUUAUGGGAUAACUCGACAGGUUUUGGAACAGCAGUAUUUUGGCACGACUCUUGAACAAGCUGCUAAACAUGUUAAUGUUAGUAAAUCAACAUUGAAACGAAUGAGUAGAACGUGUGAUAUACCUAGAUGGCCACAUCAUAAGACUAGAAAGGUUGAUGGCCAUGUUAACCAAGGCAUUUCUCUACCGGUUGUGGCAGAUCAUUUGGUUCAUAACAUGAAAAACAUGUCUACUGUUGUUGACGGGAGGUUACUUGAUAACAACGACCAGGUUCCUAUUGCUCCUCCAAGGGCUACUGACCUAGUAGCCAGUCUUUUGAAUGAUCUCCAUAUUGCCAGGGAACAGAAUGAUGCCCUCCAUACUGAAAUUGAGACUAUGCGCACUAACCUGGCUGAGUCACUGGGAGAAGUUGCUCGUUUAAAGGAGCAAUUGCUGCAGCAACAACAGGAAUAGUAUUGCUUGAGUAAAUCUCCUGUCAUCAUCUCAUUCCCCUCGUCCUGAUUCUCUAUACCAAACUCAUCCUAUUUGCUUCUUAUUGUGCUGGAGCUCUUCACUGGGCUUAAAACAGUGUGCAUCAUGUUUUGAUUUGUUCUUUAUCACUGUUUGAUUGAUCUUUUGUAUCUUGUUUGGAUGAUUAAUAUCAUUACAUUGUGUUGGUUGUAUCUAUUAUGACUCACUUUUUGCCUUUGUAUAGGACCAUUUGUGGCCA